ACUGGUUGAAAGAAUUCAGUUUCGUACCAACAGACAGCCAGGCCAAGACUGUACUGGAUGUUCUUUUCAAAACUGUCAUUAUUUGGGCAUCUUGCCUAUUGAGAAAGUUUUACUGAGCAUGUGCAAGUCGGUAUUAUUGACUGGAAGAUGUGUCUUCUGUCCCUGCGCACUGGAGACGCUCCCCUCGCUGCUCCUCUGUGUUUUGGUCUCUGCGCUCACACCUGAAGUGGCAGAGAGUCGGUGGAGCUCGGAGCAGCAGCUCAGAUCCUCCUGUACGGCGACCACAGCAUUCGGAGAACAAGACGGGAGGAAAACAUCCAGAGGGAGGGAGGAGGGAGACGCGCGCAUGUGACAGGCUUUGGACAUUUCCAUUUCUACCGGGCGGGCAGGGAAUUGAAUCUCUCCGCGGGGAGCUGCGUUUUUAAAAAUCACCAGCGACUGGCGUUUUCAAACAUUGCACAUCUCCGUCCGCCGCGGAUCGUCACAGCACCAUGCGAGCAGGAGAGACGCGCCCUGUGCCAUGCUGAACAACUCCACGACUCUCCUGCUGGCUCUGACCGCCGCGGCCGCACUUCUCCCGCGAUGCCAGGGAUGGAGCGACGAUGACCUGCUGCUGCCGCCCAUCAACUCCUCCAACAGGUUCCUGGCCAACCUGGAGGUGGACGUGCGCUUCUCCAAGAGGUCCGUGGAGGAGAGCGACGCCUCGGCCGACGCCUCCUCCCUGCAGACUCUGUCCCAGUGCAACGUGAGCGUCCAGCGGCUGCUGCCCACCUCGCUGGUGGCGCGCUGGGACAGCAGCUUCGGCUUCCAGUGCGACGUGCUCAUCUACACCACCAACAACCACGGCAGGGCUUUUUUCUCCGCCUCCUUCAACCGGGCGAUCUCCCCGGUUGUCAUCGAGCACCUCGGGGUCACCGGGGGUCAGCAGGAACUGCGGCUGUGCGUCGGCUGCGGGAUGUCCCGGUACCGGAGGUUCGGUCAGGGCCGGCUGCGGGGCCAGCAGAGCGGGGAUCAAGUCACUUUCUGCUGCGUGGAUUUCAGCCUCGACGAGCUGAAGGGGGACAAAAGUUGGAGGCUGAACAGAAAACCCAUCGAGUCGACACUUGUGGCUUGUUUCAUGACUUUGGUCAUCAUUGUGUGGAGUGUUGCUGCUCUCAUAUGGCCGGUACCGAUCAUUGCAGGAUUUCUGCCUAAUGGGAUGGAGCAGAGGAGACCGAGAUAAUUGAAAUAAUCAUCAUAAUUAUAGCCUGUGCUGCCUAUACUAUAAUUGUAGCCAUUCAAUUGUUCACAUGAAUGAAUGAUUGCGGAGAACUUUUUGAUCAGAUGCUUUAGUUUGGGGUGUUCUUGAAUCCUUCCUCAAGGUAAAGUAUGAAGGAUUAUUCUACUAGCCAAUCUAUACUGGGACCAAUGUGUUUUGUAUACCCGUGUAGGCCUUCCUAUAGAUUAUGUCAGCGUAAACUGUGCAAAACUUUUCUCUAUUUAAACAGUGUUUGUAUAGUUUUUAAUCUUUAUAGAAAGUUUUUUGCCUUAUCACAUGUGUAGGACUUUUGCACUGAAAACGGUGCGUAAAUUGUGCCGUCACAUCCAGUAUACAGUAUCUAACCUAUAGUCAUGCUCAUAUAGAAGUCAAUGUAAUAGGGAUUUUUCCAAUAAAUUCUGACAAAUAGAUGUUGUUUAUGACUGAUAUAGAGAGAAUUUCAAUAUUUAUAUUGUUAGAUUUCUACUGUCAGGUUCAAUAUUAGUGUUUAUUUGUAUAAAUGUUCCAACGGUUUAAAUGGAAAUAAAAAUCGAUUACAGGCUGUAGCCUAUCAGAUUCUCUCUGACCUGUUCUCUGUAGCAUUAAUCAGUUUACUUCAGACUUAUUUUAGAAUAACACUCUGAGCUCACACUGUUAAAUUGAUUCUGACAUAAUGAUUUGCAAUGUUUAGGACGAGCUUUUGUGGAUCCAUCACUGUUUAUGCUCAAUUUGCUGGUAAAUUGUGGACAUAAUUGUAGUGAAACUUAGUUUAACUCUAAAAAGUAGCUCAUGGGAACUAUUCCCAGGACUUAAUUAAAUGCAUGAUUGCAAGAUAAUGAUCUGAUUUGCUGAUUUAGAUAAACCUUUUCAGCUGCAAGCAUCAUUUCUAUAGGUUAGGUUGACAUAAAAAUGUUGCAUCAACCUAAUAUUGUGUGUAAUUUAACCUCAAAUGUCUGUUAGUUCAAUUAAAAUUAAUUUAAAGCUGAGAUAAUUAAUGUUUUUUUUUUUAACUUCAAGUUCAGGAUUUCUAGUUUCCUUCAUCUUAAAAUGCCUGCACAAUUUUAAACAGUUAAUACUGGAAAUUAAUAACAAUUUUGAUGGUAGAUUUAAAAAGAAAAGAAAAAUCCCCUAAAUAGAUGUAGGUUGUUGCUUGGACAUAAGUUCAUUAGAAGUUGUAAUAGCUCAAAAAGAUUGAUACAAACUGCGGCAUGAAUAUUUUUGAACCAAAGCCGAUUUUUUUAGAAUGUAUUUUGAACAAAGCUCUAGUUAUUUAAUAAUUCAACAAUUUUUUGCAAUUCAUAUCAGUAAAAUACUCUAAUAUCUUAAUAUAGCCCUGUUCACUGUGUUAAAUUAUUAAUGCACACAUAUAGAUUGAGCAGAAUAUUAAUGCUGGAGCAGGUCCAAGUACUUUACAUACUGGCAGGCAGUUUAAUCCAACCCAAUUCAUUCAAUGCAAAUUCUGCAAAACCUGUAUCAGCGUGUAUUAGUGAAAGUGACAGCAUCUCUCUGUCCCUCUUCUGUGUUUACUGACCAGUGUAAAUAAGAUAGACUCCUCUCAAAGUUCUACUGAUCUUAUCUAAAUACGUGAACCUUAGAAGGACUUUCUAGUGCAAAUUACUGUGACUAGUUCAGGCAGGAGAGACUUUAUCAGCCUGAUCUAUCUGCAAACUGUUUACCGCCUGCUGGGCUCUCUGAAUGUUUGACAUAUUGACAAGCUGGAAAAGUUUCAACUGCACCACAUUCAAGCCUUAAAAUGGACAUAUUUAAAUAAAAAAAUCAGUCAGAGAGGAUGUAAUAUGUAAAUUCAACCUGUAGACAAGCCACAUAUCGCUUAAUUUAUCAUUAUCUAAGAAGAAACAUCUCCACGAAGACAUGACAAACAUUCUUGUAAUAGUUCCAUACUAGAAAUCAUCAUGUAAUCAUCCGAUAUAGUAUCUAGUACAUACUAUGUUUGAUCUUUAAGCCUUAACUGCAUUUUAAUUGUACUUUUUAUUAUAAACAACUUUAUAUAUUGCUAUUAUUUACAGCAGCAUUUUUUUCAAACUAUUACGCACGGAUGAAGUUUGUACCUGGCAAAAUGGCCGUCCUGGCCACGCCUUUGUCUUACCUGAGGUCAACCCUUCCUUGCUGCUGACACACAUUCUCGCAUUAGGAAGGGAAGGAGCUGCUGCGUCCGAACAACUCCGAGCUGAGCUUCGCGUAAAAUCCAGAAGAAAAAUGUGGCGCACGACGGUUCCAACUCUGGAUAAGAAGAAAUGAACUGUGCGCUGAUCUCCGCCGAUUUCUCUCAGGAUCUCAGUUAAAAAAAAAAACAA